CUAUCGGUACGUCCUCAACCAGCCGGAGGCGUGCCGGGACAAAAGCCCCUUCCUGGUCUUUUUGGUGCCUGUUGCCCCCCGGGACUCUGCAGCCAGGGAGGCUGUCAGGGGGACUUGGGGGUCGGCUGACCGGGACGUCCUGACUUUGUUUUUUUCUGGACUUCCGGAAGAGGAGCAGCGGUCCAACCUGCAGGAGGAGGCGGGGCUUCACGCAGACAUGAUCCAGAUGGACUUUGUGGAUUCUUACCAGAACCUGACCAUCAAAACCAUGAUGAUGAUGAGGUGGUUAUCCACCUUCUGCCCCCACGCCACCUUUGGCAUGAAGGUCGAUGCUGACGUUUUUGUCAACGUCUUCUACCUGCUGGAGUGGCUGAGGAGCUCCCCCAGGCGUGGCUUCAUCACCGGGUCGGUGAUCUGUGACGGUCAGCCCAGAAGAGACCCUAACAGCAAAUGGUUUGUGUCAGAGGAGCAUUACCGGGACAACACGUUCCCCCCCUACGUAUCUGGAGCGGGCUACGUCUUCUCCGGUGACAUGGCGGGGAGGAUCUCCUGGGCCUCCAGGUUCGUGCGCAUGAUCCCCCUGGAGGACGUCUAUGUGGGCUUGUGUCUGCGUGUGCUGGAUGUGCGGCCGGUUUACGCUCGCAUCUGGAUGUUCCUCAGGAACCUGUUUGAAAUCAGAACGCUGAAGUACGACAGGUGCACCUUUGCUGGGCUGCUCAUCGUCAACGGGUUUGGGCCCACAGAGCUGCUGCACAUCUGGAAGGACUUCUCUGAAGGCUGGGCCAGCUGCUGAAAUCCUCCAGCAUCACGCAAAAGGAGGAGAGAUCCAGGAAGUGAUGAGAAAAGAGCUGGAUGGACAGAAAAUAAGAGCCAGAAGCCUAAAGACCUUUGAGACUCGGAACGGGAUCCAGAUCUACCAGAUUUGCCGACAGUUCUGGAAUUUCUGAGCCAAGAUGAAAGCAGCCGUUUUAAAACAGUUUACAUUCUCAAAAUCUGGGACAAAAAAUAAUCUUCCAGGACCAGGAAUCAUAUUUGAUACGUUGAUUUGUUUUUAUCACAGAGAGCAAAGAAGAAUCUGCGGGAAAAUAUGCUUAAAACAAAAAUGUUAAAAAUUUAAAACAUUGUUUUCACAGGAUUGAAGUCUUCCACACUGAAUCAAAGUCUUUGGAGGAUUUUUUUUUGUCUUUGAUUAGUGAUAAAUCUUUUAGGUUGGUAAUUGUUGAGGCGGAAAAGAAAGAUAAAUCCAUUUUUACUGGGUUCAUAAAGUAAGAAGAGCAGCAAAAGUUGAGUUUGCUUUAGGUUUUCAGGUAACUCUUCUCACAGGAACCCCUCACCCCCAUCUGCUAAGGGAACCAGAAUCAGUUUCUGUCCGAUCUGCAGAUGGGAGUUCAGUCAGGCCUUCACACAAAGGAAAACUGGAAGCUCCUGUGAGGCUCAGACACGUUUGUGUGCUCUGCACUGAUCUAUGGCUGGCCUUAGAACGCUUUACCUGAAAAUGUUAUCACUGUGGCCUUUUUACUUCAGGAACUACCAAUAGAAGAUUAAAGUCUUUGUGCUGGCGAUAAGACUGAGUGUAAAUGCAGAAAAGCCAUAUUGUGAGAUAUGUGUCCUGUAAUCCUGUCUGCUGUUUUUACCCAUCAGGAUUUUUUGUUGAGAUCAAACUUACUCAGGUUAGCAAAGCGUGCAAUUUAGUUUAUUGCUGUUCACAGGUGCCUUCGGUAGAAGGGAGGAAUAUUUUCUCAGGUUUUGCUCCUCAUUUUGUAUAUGUUAUACAUUUAUCUGCUAUCACUUGUGGAUGAAGAAUUUAGCCUUCUGAUGCCUUGACUGGUCUGCUGCAGUCCACCUGACAAGCAACAGAGGGCGCCAUGCACCACAAGAAACCUGGAGUUAAGUCCUUAAAACGGGUUCCUCUUGCCCCCUGACCUGCCUUUUCCUCAGUUACUCUGCUCAGAACCGCCUCAGUGAGCGGAUAAACCUGCAGAGGUGUGCCGAAUGAUGAAAAUCCUUCUUCCACAAAGCUGAACGUGUUUCUGCAUUUGACUGAAACCCUGAGCAGCGGUGAGCUGCAGACAGCUGCACUAAAGAUCCAUUUGGGUCUUUGAACCCCAAACCCUUUGUAAAAACGGACUACAAACACUGCAGAGGUGUAACAACAACUAUCUGCACACCUUGAUCCUGAAUGUCAAGGGAGGCGUCUCACUUUGAGUGUCUUUGGGAUGACCCUUAACCUUUUUGUCUCAAGCUGGAUGUUCCUCUACGAUCAGUCAGAUCGUUAAUUUACUGCUGCUGUGCUGCACUUGUUGGUUCAUCCGUCUGUCCUUCUGUGUUGUGAAUCUGAGUGAAAGACUUCAAAAAUCAGAUUUAGUUUUGUGAACCCAGAAUGUUUGGAAAUGUUUAAUUUUAUACACUUUCCAGUAUCUAUCUGAUUAAUAUAUGGAAUUCACUUAUUUUUUAUAAAGUAAAUAUACUUGUGUAGUAUUUUUUGCCAUUCUUUGAAGGCCCUAAGUGCUUUACAGUUUCAUUCACUCACUGAUGGUGGCUCUGCUGCCGAACACUGGGGCCAACCUUCCACCAGGGGCAAGGUGGGGUUGACUGUCUUGACCAAGGACACUUUGACAUAUGGCGGAAAUCAAACCUGCAUUAGAGGUGGACCGCUGUACCAAAUUUUGUCUGUUUUUUUGCUUUGUUGUACAAUUAUGUAGUACAAAAAUGUAGACAUUGUUUUUGUCAUUCUGUGAUUUAACUCAUUUAAUAAAGUACAGAUGCACAGCUCUCAGCUGAACA